AUGGACGCAACAGACCCCAAGAUCCCGAAAAACGCUGUUUCAGAUUCCCAUCUUGAGGAUGAAUUGGAAUGUGGUGAUAAUCAGUUGGCCAGACGCAGUACAUUUGAACAAUUUCAAGAAACGGUGGAUCAGUUCCAGCAAUGCAAAGUGGAAGCGGCCACAGAGUCUUUACAAGCUGGGCAUAAGCACUUCCUGAAUCUAAGCCCAGAUAGCUUCGGAAACCCGACUGAUUACGAGAAGGAGCAGGUGGAUCGAGGUAGAGAGAUGUGUUUGAGUUAUUGCUCCGCUCCUCAUUUCUUUGGUGCUGUUUUGUUAAACCCCAAGCUGAUCGCAGAUAAGGAUGAGCAUUUUUAUGUCAGCUUUACUAUUGUUUUUGCUGCUGUUGCACUCAAGCUGCAUGAAUAUAAAAUAGCUAUAGACUUAUUUCAGCGAUGUGAUUCUCUUUACACAUUUGAUGCCAAGCCAUGUCCUAAAGACACCGAGCAAGUUAUCGAUAUUUUAAGAGCAGUGGCCAAGGCAAAUGUAGGCUAUGUUUAUCUGAUUAUGGGAGUUAUGGACAAGGCUAGUGAUUAUCUAGAAUGCGCGCUGGAGAUUUUUGAAACAUUUAAAAACAAAAACAAAACUGACUCUCCAGAAAUAAACAUUGUUGCAAUACAAACCAACUUAAGCUUAGCUUACCAGUGUCAGAAGAACUACAUUGCUGCAGUGAAGUUGCAAGAGCGUCUUAUUCUGAAGACCAAAGACCCCAUUCUUCCCCCACAUUUGGUAGCUGCCAUAUAUUACAAUAGAGCAGAGUUGUUCAUAGAGCUCAAAGAACCUGUCAAAGCACUCAUGGAGCUCAGGACGUUGGAUUCACUAUCUGAGAGGAUGAACAACGAAGAAGCAAUAUUCUCGAAAUUUAUAUCUUCAAAAAUUUGUUUGGCGUAUCUAAAGAUUGGAGAUAUGGCUAGUGCAGAGAAAAUAGCGGAGCGCUUGACUUUCCCUUCUCUUUCCCCUCAAUCGCUAUCACCACCACUCUCGCUUUCGUUAAAAUCGUUUUCGACAGCAUCAGGGUCAGGGUCAGAGUCGUCGUCAUCAUCGUCGUUGUCAUCAGUUUCAUCAUCGUCGUCGUCAUCAGUUUCAUCAUCGUCGUCGUCAUCAGUUUCAUCAUCGUCGUCGUCAUCAGUUUCAUCAUCGUCAUCAUCAUCUCCGUCAUCAACAUCGUCAUAUUCAUCGUCUGCUUCGUCACUAAUGUCUUCAUUUCCUUUUUUCUUUACCGAUUUUGAAGCUGUCCCCGGAUAUAAUGGAAAAAUCCAUUGGGACUUCUUGUUCGCAACGAUAUUGAAUUUAGUUGAUUUUCACUUGAACGAAAAAAACUUAGACUUUGCAUCUUUCCUCGACGUUUUUGUACCAAGUUGCAAAGAAACGUUAGGGAAAAACCACCCAACAUAUGCAUCGUUUCUUUAUAGGCAAGGUGUUAGAUUUUUUUCUGAUGGAAAGGAACCUUUCAUCAAAAAAAAUUGCUUUGAAGAAGCAUUAAAUAUUCUGACAAGUUUUGGCUACGGUUUAGAUCACCCGGAUUUGUUGCAAUGUAACAUCGCUCUUGCAAGGUUAUUAUUGUGCGAAGACUUUCAAGAGGUUCCUCCGUUGAAGUCGCGCCGUGACCGAAGCUGGCGAGAAUUUCCUUGCGACGCAGCAGAUGGAGUUGUAAGCCCUGAUAUUCCAUCAUUUAGAGAAGACAGUAACAAGUGGGACAGCAACGAAGAAUUAGACGGACCAGGUAAAAUUUCUGGUCGAGAAAACCAUAGAGGCAAGAAUUAUGAUCAUCUUGAAAAUGUGCCGCAAAAGGAUAAGAACAAAGGAAUCAGCAUCUCACAGAAGAUACAGCAAACACCAAAUGAAGUCAGUGGUGUACGGAAUGACACUCUUAAAGCCCCUUUUCAGGUAGGAAAUGUGGUUGCAGACAGCGGUGAAAACCCCGAUGUUCUUACUAGAAAUGGGGCUUGCGGCUUUGACAAAGAUUGGAAUAUCCAAGCUGUUGCCCUUCCAAAAACACCAGGAGAUUCCCACGGGAUUAAUUCGAAAACAAAAACAUAUCUUGGUUUGAAAGGUGGACGCCGAAGCGAUCUUCCGUCAGGGCACAGCUCACAAAGGGAUCCAAGUGGGGAUGACGUUGGCACAAAUCACAUCGGAAUAGAUCCCAGUUUCCUCGCACGUCAUUCUUAUGAGUGCAAUGCAUCUGAUGAGCGCUGGGAUUCUUGUGAUCCAUUUGAAGAUUCAGAAGUGCUUGCAGGUUCCCACUCCGAGUAUACCAGAUCUAGGUGUAUGACUGAAGUGUACCACCUUACUUCUCCAAGUUCAACGAAAUUUCCUGAAUGUCGUGAUUUUACAAAAACUGUUCCAGCGAAGACCUUUGGACUACCUCAAUCUUCAAGUUUCCUUGAAGAUGGAUGUAAAGCAAAUCUCCCGUUUACAAAUAUCUCCCCAGAUGGACAUGUACUCGCCGAAAGGCCGACGUUCUCAUCGCAAUUUGAAAGAAAAGAUGACGCUCCAGGAUUUCUUCCGGACGGGGAAAGUGCAGGAGCUGGUCAUGGUCUGUUAAACAGUAAUUCAAACACAUCUGCUGACGAAUCAUUGGCCGUACUCGAGCAACGUGUGGCUGAAGCUUGCUGUCUUGUCGAGAAAACGUUGAAAGAAAGACAAGAAAGAGAGAAAUCGAUGAAAGAAACGGAGCAAAAAAGAAAAGAUAAGCGGGCAAGGAAACAACAACUUGCACGUGAAAGAAAAGAAAGGGAAGCGAGGGAAGCAAGAGAAACGGAACUCAGGAAUGAAAGUGUAGAGGGGAACUCCACGAGCGGUGGACAAGAAACACCUUUGCAAGACUCGGCAAGUGCUGGGGUUCGACAAUGGCUGUGUGAACAUUAUCAGCGGCUCUGCCGUGUCAAGUUCUCAUGCUGCGGAAAGUUCUUUCCUUGUCAUCGUUGUCAUAACAACUCUGGGUGUCCAAAUGAUAAUUCCAAAGCAAGAGAGGCGUGCUCUGUUGAGUGCUCUGUUUGUAGCCAUCAACAAGAGGUAAAUAGGAAUGACAUUGACUUGAAAUUUUUUCAUAAGAGGAAAGAGAGUUCUCCCACUUAGGUUAUAACCGAUUUAACUUCGAAUGUUUGAUUUUUAAGAUCAACCAGGACGCCCACACCUGUGUCAGAUGCAAAACAAGGUUCUCAGCAUAUUUCUGCUCGGUAUGUAAACACUUCACAGGGGAGGAUAAAGCUCCUUAUCACUGCGAAAAAUGUGGUAUCUGCCGGUAGGUGAAACAAAAUUCAUGACGAGUUUUGUCUUCGUUUGUUUGAAUGAUAUGCUUGCUGUCCAAAAGAAUGAAGGUUAGGGAGUUAUUGACCUGCUUCAGAGCUAUUGACUUGGGUUGCAGUAGGUACGAAGAAUCCUGGCACAAUCUGUAAGGCGAGAGCAAAGUAUUCAGGAGAGAGAAAUGCUUUAUCGAGGAGUACAUAAAACACCCCAUUGCUAGUUGUUUCUCAAAAAGGAAUAAGAGUCCGACAAAAUACAAGUUUCCUUCUCAAUAAUUAUUGCAGCUUAUCGAGUAAAAAUACGGCGCUUAUCAGUGUGAGUUCGAAAUUUGUUUCCCCAGCGAAUCAUGUUGUGCUCGAGUAAAUACCUGCAAAGUGAUGUUUCUAUUUCCUGUUCAGUAUCUACAAGGACCGCUCCUUCCACUGUGAUGUGUGUAACGUCUGUCUGGACAAACGGCUGGAAGGAAGACAUUCUUGCCGAGCAAAUUCAGGACACGACGAGUGUUGCAUCUGUUUAGAGGUAGUUACUUAAUUUACAUAAUAAGGCUGAAUAAGAAAUAUCUUUUAAAAGGUUUUGCCGUUUAGCCGAAGCAGUUAACCUUGCACUAAGUUUGGUUUUAUUUACUUGUCGCGUUAGUGACGUCAGGUGCUUGCAUUUCUGGAGUCGAAAUCUGAUGAAAGAGAAGCAGAUCACAAUCCAAAUUUCUAUAUUUUUAUUUGGUUGAUCAAUUCUUUAUUUCCAGGAUGCUUUUAGCGGUUGUCAGAUCCUGCCAUGCUCACACAAGGUUCACCGCGAAUGUGCUAUUGCUAUGAUACAGAACGGCGUGUAA